UUGAAAGCCUAUGCCAAGGCAGGUGCUGUGAGUGAAGAAGUUCUCAUGGCAAUCAGGACUGUCUUUGCAUUCAAUGGACAACAGAAAGCUUUAGCAAAAUAUAAAGUCAACCUAAAGCAAGCCAAGGAGCUUGGAGUAAAGAAAUCUAUCACCACAAAUAUUUCAAUUGGUUUAUCACAGUUUCUCGUUUUCAGCUCCUAUGCUCUUGCAUUUUGGUAUGGCUCAAAGUUGGUUGUUGACGAGCCAGAAAAUUAUUCAGUUGGACGAGUUUUGAUAAUACUUUUCUCAGUGAUGAUAGGAUCUUUCUCAAUUGGUCAGGGACUAGUAAACCUAGAGGGUGUUUCAAAUGCUCGAAGUGCUGCCUAUGAAGUAUAUGGUCUCAUUGCAAAGCAUCGUUCUAUAGAUAGCAGCUCCAAUGAUGGUCAUAAACCUGAUAGUAUCAGAGGAGACAUUGAAUUCAAGGAUAUUCAUUUCAGCUAUCCAACCAGACCAGACAGAAAAAUUCUUAAUGGUUUGAAUGUGAAGAUUACAAGUGGUCAGACCAUGGCACUAGUUGGGGUGAGUGGCUGUGGUAAAAGCACAACAGUUCAGCUGCUCCAGCGUUUCUAUGACCCAGCAGCAGGAGAGAUAACUCUCGAUGGGCAUGACAUCCGUACAUUGAAUGUGAAGUGGUUGAGAGAACACAUUGGCAUUGUGAGCCAGGAACCAAUUCUGUUUGCUACAACUAUUGCUGAAAACAUACGGCAUGGCCGAGAGGACGCAACUGAUGAAGAUAUUGAGCAAGCGGCAAAGGAAGCAAAUGCUUAUGAUUUUAUAUCAAUGCUACCUGAUAAAUUUAACACAAUUGUUGGUGAAAGAGGUACCCAGAUGAGUGGUGGACAGAAGCAGAGAAUUGCUAUUGCACGUGCAAUAAUCAGCAACCCAAAAAUUCUUCUGCUGGAUGAAGCGACAUCUGCUCUCGAUACUCAGAGUGAAUCAAUAGUGCAGGCAGCUCUGGAUAAGGCCAGUGCAGGUCGUACAACCAUUGUGAUUGCCCAUCGCCUCUCAACAAUCAGUACUGCUGAUACCAUUGCUGUCUUUUCCAAUGGAGUAGUUACUGAACAAGGUAUUCACAGUGAACUCAUGGACAAGAAGGGCAUUUAUUAUUCCCUUGUAAUGCAGCAGAGUUCAAAUAAGAUGGGUGAUUGUGCUGAAGAAAGAGGCGAUGCUUUGGAGAAUGUGAAUGAACUGGAGAACGAUGAAGUCAAAAGCAUGCAGAUAAUGAGCAGGAGCAGUUUCAGAAGAACAUCAAGCAAGAAACUUCAAAAAAUUGCUUCCUCUGAAUCAAAAGAAACAACAGAGAACAAUGACGAAGCAAACAAUUCGGAAAAAGAUUUAGCAGAAGUUUCAUUUCUACAAAUCCUUGCUCUGAACAAAACCGAGUGGCCAUAUGUUGUCAUUGGAAUCCUCUCAGCCAUUGUAGGUGGUGGUGUACCAGUAGCAUUUGGUGCGGUGUUUUCACGGAUUAUUGGGGUAUUUGCAAUCACUGACCCUGAACAAAAACAGCAGAGGGCUUCUAUAUUUUCCUUGAUUUUCCUAGGUCUGGGAGCUCUCUUAUUGUUGUGUCACUGUAUACAGGGUUACACGUUUGGAAAAUCUGGGGAAAUCCUUACAAUGAGGCUGCGUGCAUUAUCAUUUAAAGCAAUGUUACAACAGGAGAUUGGUUGGUUUGAUGAUCAAAAGAAUAAUGUUGGUGUGCUACUAACUCGUUUGGCUACAGAUGCUUCACAGGUUAAAGGGGCCACGGGAUUACAAAUCGGUAGCAUUGCAAUGAAUAUCUGCACCUUAGGAACUGCUGUAAUCGUCGCAUUCGUGUUUGGAUGGCAGCUGACUUUAGUUAUUCUGUGUUGUAUCCCAUUUCUUAUUGCUGCAAAUUUUAUUGCAAUGCGAACAUUUUCAGGGCAAUCAUUAAAGGAUGAUAAAUAUCUUGUAAAAUCUGGACAGAUCUCAACAGAAGCCGUGGAAAACAUAAGAACAAUUGUAUCAUUAACAAGAGAAGAUGCUUUUUUCAAAAGAUACAUGGACUGCAUAGAUGAACCCAGCAGGUGUGAUUUUUCUUCUAGAACCACAUAUAGGAAAGCUCCUCUCUUUGGCUUAGGCUAUGGUAUAGCACAAUCCAUUCCUUACCUCGUUAAUGCUGCAAUCUUCCGAUUUGGAGCAUGGCUCGUUGUGAAUUGCUUCAUGGUUUUUGAAGAUGUGUUCUUGGUAUUUGCUGUCAUUGUACUGAGUGCUAUGUAUCUUGGACAAACAGCAACAUUUGCUCCAAACUAUGCCAAAGCUAAAGAUUCUACACAAAGAAUAAUUAAACUUCUUGAAAGGAAGCCAUUAAUUGAUAGCUACAGUGAAGAGGGAGAAAAGCUGAGCAACUUUGAAGGCAAUAUUGAGUUUCAAAAUGUCAAAUUUGCUUAUCCAGCGCGACCAGAUGCAGAGGUUCUCCAAGGUCUAAACAUAAAAGUUAACAAAGGACAGACCCUGGCACUGGUUGGAAACAGUGGAUGUGGAAAGAGCACUUUGGUUCAGUUACUUGAACGAUUUUAUGAUGUGAUGGGUGGACAAGUGUUGGUGGAUGGGAAAGAUACAAGAAGUGUCAAUUUGCCAUGGUUGAGACAACAGUUGGGAAUUGUUUCCCAGGAGCCCUUGCUCUUUGAUUGCAGUAUUGCUGAAAAUAUUGAAUAUGGUGACAACAGCAGAGCUGUAUCUCAAGAAGAAAUUGAAAAAGCUGCAAAAGCAGCCAAUAUUCACAGUUUCAUAGAAAGUCUACCUGAAGGAUACAACACAAAAGUAGGAGAUAAAGGAACACAGCUCUCUGGUGGUCAGAAACAGAGAAUAGCUAUUGCCCGAGCUCUUAUACGGGAACCAACGGUUCUAAUCCUUGAUGAAGCUACAUCUGCCCUGGACAAUGAAAGUGAAAAGAUUGUCCAGAAAGCCUUGGAUGAAGCUAGGCAGGGCCGAACUUGUUUAAUUAUUGCCCACCGAUUGUCGACAAUCCAAAAUGCUGACAUUAUAGUUGUUAUACAGAAAGGAAGAGUGGUGGAAAUAGGAACUCACAACCAGCUCCUGGCAAAAGAAGGAGCUUACUAUGCACUUAUCCAUGCACAGGUUCAAAAUUAACAUGAAGCUUGAAUAGAUAUAUAUUUUAAUGACUUUGUAAUGUAAUUCCGCAGUGUUUCGCCCGUUACAUUAUUGGAAUUGAGAUGAAACUCCUGUGAAAAAUAACCCACAUUAUGUCCUUUGUCUAUGGUAAAACUUGAAGCUGGGUUAUCAAUUAAGAAUUUGUUCGCAAACUCACAAAUAUUGAAAAAUUACAACCUAAUUGCAACAGUAUCAUUUGUUUAUCUCCAAACAAGUAACAUUUUGAAUAUUUCCAAUAAAUGUUUUCUGUAAUUUUCCUUUAAAAAAACUGAUCGUCAUUUUGAAUAGUACUAACUGUAGGUAGCCUGUUAAGACCAUCUGGAAUAUUUGAUUGCAUGCAGUGAAAUAUAAAUCAAAAAGCUGGGUUUUUUAAAUUGUUUUAUAAUUUUGAUUCACCAUUUACAUGAGAGGGAUGUGUGGUGCAAUUAAGGCUGAA